AUGCAGCACGUGAUGAGUCUCGUUAUGGCAACCCUGUCGGAAUCAAUCAGGGGCGUGUGCGCCGUGGCCUCGACACGACGAAGCAGCACUUCCAGCAAUUCUAGUAGAUUUAACGUCAGACGAGAAUCGGACGAAAGCAACCGAGACGGCUUGAGAGCCUCUGCAAGAAGAAGUCAGUCGAGACCUCGAAGUGAUAAAACAAAGGCAGACAUACAUGCUUUUCAAGGCUUCAGGGAUGCGAAACCCCCCGUGAAUGGAAGACCACCCACCAAGAAGCCUUCGCUUCCACCGAAACAAAGUGACCGGAGCGUGAGCGGUUCACGCGAAGCUCGACCCGAUCGCACGAAGGGCCGUGGCGAUGCCCCCAAGACUCGAAUGAGACGCGAUUGUCAAUUUAAUGCUCCCGAGGCUGUGAUACCCCUCAAUCCGAUGAUCACGUCGACCCCGAACGUCAAGAACGAAGCGAUGCCGGUCGGCAACACGACCCCGAUGUCGAAACUGCGAAAGCCGGAGCCCCAGCGGCUGAAGUUCGGCCUGGUGUCUUCCGGACCGAUCAUCCAGAGCGUGACGUCCCUGGACGAACUGGACAUCGACGAAACGUUGCCUUUAAGGGAUUCCAGUCCCGAAGGGGACGACGAGGGACUCGUGAUGGGUCAUCUGAGUUCUGUGAUGCCCGACGUGGUGCUCGGCUCGGUGAACGCAGGCGGCAGGGCUGACGUCUACAAGGUGGAAGAGCCCGAAGAAGAUGACACCGGGAUCUGGUCUCCCGAUGAGGAUUUCAGCAUCAGCGACUUCAUCAACUCUGAGUCGACAUUCCAAGUGACCCUGGAAAAGACUGCCCAAGGCUUGGGGCUGAGCGUGACUGGGGGCCGGGAGGCGAGGAGCCACCGCUUGAGAGGAUUUGUCUGGAUCAAGAAGGUAUUUCCGAUGACCCCGGCAUGGGAGCAGGGGAUCCUUGCCCUUGGUGACAUCAUCCUCAAGGCCAAUGAAAUACCAUUGAUUGGGCUCACAGUUCCUGAAGCCCUUGAGAUCCUCAGAACGGCCCCAAAGCAGACGACGCUGAUGGUGUGUCGCCUUCCGCCUCACUUCUCUCCGCUUCUGUCAUCGAGCGAGACUGAUCCCUCCUCACUCUCUCUGAGUCAGAAGCAGUCUCCAUCAGGUUUCCUCUCACCAUGUGGGGAGUUUGAGGUGACAUUGGAGAAGGUGAACGGCAGCCUAGGAUUCACGUUGAGGAAGCAAGACGACAGCCGGCUGGGCCAUUACGUCCGGGCCCUGGUCAAGGAACCCGCUCUAUCCAAUGGGCGUAUCCUCCCCGGUGACAAGAUCAUUUCAGUGAAUGGACAGGACAUCUCAGAGAUGAGUCACUCAGAUGCUGUGGCCUUUUUACGGCAGUGUGCAGCAGAGGUGGUGUUGCGCCUCUAUCGAGAUCGUACCCAAACCCCGGUGUCGCCCCUCUCCCCGUGUGAAUCAGAGUCCCCUGCCUUCAAGCCUAAACCUCUUCUUCGGAAAGAGGCCCGUGACAUGUUAAGCGGUCUGGCAGCGCAGAGAAGUGAUUCACCAAGUGGAUCUGGGACAGGGUCUCGCAAGGGGCGCAGACUCAUUCGUGGAUCUUCAUCUAAUCAAGACGACGAUGGCGAGUCCUUCAGUCCUUCGCCGACAAGAAGACGCCGGGCUCCACCCAUGCACAGAGAUGCAAGCACAGACAGCCCAACACCAGAGAUGUUUGGUUCUCCACCUCGCCCUACAAGCCUUGACCUGGCAUCCCCAUCUUCACGGUCGUCCAGCCUCCGCCGGCAGCAGUUCAUCCUUCCAUCCCCGAUCCUUGGUGACAGCCCAGAUCACAGCCUUGCCUCUCUGCCUCCAGAGAUUGAGCCCUCUAAGAAAUUUCAACGAAACCAUGAGUACAUGUCAGCCAACUGGAACGAGAGGAGCCGAGGGGGUAAGACCGGUGAUGGGGACAUGGGACUCCUCAAGUGGAGAGGGACUGUCUUCGAUGAACCCGACGAUCACAAUGACAGGCCCAAUGAUGCUGAAGAAGAUGUAGUUGAGAUAGGGAUCUCUCCUGGUGGCGAGAUGUUUGAGGUGGAACUGCACCGUGGCUGGAACAGUAGGCUGGGGUUUAGCCUCCACAUUGGCGAGACCGUCCCUGAAACAACAUGGUCCACCCGUGUCUCAGCUGUCCAUCCUGAUAGCGUCGCUGCCCGUGAUGGACGCAUUGCUGUCGGGGACUACCUCCUUGAGGUCAAUGGAGAGGACGUAUCCGGACAGGAGACGGAAGCUGUGAUAGGUCUGUUGCGUAAGCUGAGGGGCCACAUCCACAUGGUGCUCUACCGACCACAGACCGCCUCCACUUCGUGACCUUUUGCACCUCUGCCUUCCACCGUGUCCCGUCCAUGAUGAAAAUUGGGAUAGUCUUCCUCCUGUUCUCCGAGAUCUAGAGGCAGAUCUUGUGAGCAUGUGCCAUCGAAGCUAUAAACAGUUAAGGGGAUGUCAGUGGAAGGGUACAAGUGAUCUGUGCUGCUUUUGAUGAAUAUUGAAUAUAUUAGUCUGUUUGCCAUA